AUGGACAAAAUUAAGAAGAUCUUAACUCCUCAUACGAGUGAUAAACACGACUCGACUACUCAUUCAUCUUCUACAGGAACUUCAGGACAAGGUUCACAUUUCAAUGGCGAGACACGAACUGGAAUGGCUGGUGUAGUUGGAAGAGAUGCUCCUUCCCAUAUGCCAGGAGAAUUUCCAUCAGAAGCUGGACAAGCUGGAUAUACCGGCACCUCGCACGGCACAACAUCUCAGCAUCCUACCACUACACAGAGCACAGGAUAUGGCGUUUCAGGUGCUACAGUAAGCCCUAGUCAUGGAUCUGGCUUGCCUGGUACAUCUGGAUCAACUACCAGUGGUCCUCAUUCUUCGAGUCUUGCCAACAAAGCUGAUCCUCGAGUGGAUUCUGAUAACUCUAGAUUGACUGGCCAUUCAGGCAGCGCUGGAUAUGGAUCUGGACCAACCGGCACUACUACCACGACCACAACCACAAGCGGGCCACAUACAUCUAGCCUUGCAAACAGAGCAGAUCCACGAGUGGAUUCUGAUAACUCGAGAGGAGUUGGCUCUGGACUGACUGGACGAGACAAUACCCCAGGUUACGGCCACGGAACAUCUGGGGUCCCAAGUAGCACAUCCACAGGCGGUGCUCUAGGUACUGCCGCCAUUGGCCACUCAUCCACUGACAGAAGCUACAACCUGGGCUCAGGGACCAGCUCUUCGACUGCUGGCCCACACUCUUCAAAUCUCGCGAACAGAGCAGAUCCUCGUGUCGACUCUGAUCUUGAUGGUUCAAGAACGACCGGAGCUCCCGGGGGAAGUGCUACUGUUAUUGGUACUACAACUGCAAGAAGCUUUCCUCUUGCUGGUACAAGCCAUUCUACUGGUACAGGCCACUCUACAACUAGCGGACCUCACUCGUCGAGUCUUGCGAACAAGGCAGAUCCAAGAGUCGACUCUGAUAAUUCAAGACUGGGUAGCACAGGCUUGACUGGCAGCACCGGAACUGGAUAUGGCAAUACCGGCUUGACAUCUGGAACGGGAUACAAUGACCAUUCCACCACUAGUGGACCUCACUCGUCAAACCUUGCAAACAAGGCUGAUCCAAGAGUGGAUUCUGACAACUCAAGACUGGGUAGCACUGGCUUGACUGGCAGCACUGGAUACGGCAAUACUGGCUCUUCCCAUACCCAUGGAAGUAGUACACAUGGUACUGGACACGGUCUUGAGCGAGAUGCCGCUGCUACCGGUGCUGGAGCUAUUCUAGGCUCCACUGCAACAAGAGGAACUGGUAUUGGAUCAGGACCCCAUCAAACAGUCACUGCAAACCUUCUCGACCCAAACACCAGAGGUGGAAGCAGCCACCGUGAAAAUGCUAUCGAGCACGCCCACGGCGGUGAAAAGGUUGGCGGAGGAGCCGAAGAAGCUGAUAGGGAACACAAGAACGUUGGCACAACCUCUGCUGAUGCGGUCAGGAUUGCAGAUACCGAUGAUUCUCACUUUACCACACAAGGUGGCUCGGGCUUGACUGGCUCGUCCCAUAUUGGACGUAAUGCGGCGAUUGCAGGUGGUGUUGGCGCUGGCGCUGCUGGUCUUGCUUCGCAUGAGCAUGACAGACACAACGAUCGUGGUUUUGGACACGGUACUUCGACAACGACCGGUACGACCACUACCACUACCACAACUACCGGCCAUCACGGCACAACCCCUGCUACCUCAACCACUGGCCAUCAUCACGGCAGAGAUGCUGCGUUGGGAGCUGGUGCUGGAGUCGGCGUAGGUGCCGCAGGUGUAGGCUUGGCUCAUCGAGGCAACCACGAUUCUUUAUCUGAGGGAUCUUUCGAUCAACAUGGAAACAGAAUUGGUGGCGCGUCUAAUCUCGAGCAAAGUGGUCACAGACCAACCACAGAUAUGUAUGUUCAAGAUGCCCAGAAGCAUGGCAAUAGUGGACUAAGUAGUCACAGUGGUAGCACAACAACCCAUGAUACACAUGGCGCUCCUCACGAGAAGGAAAGUUUGAUGCAUAAGAUCACAAGCAAGCUUUCUGGACACAAGAACGAGACUGACACGCAUGGUUCUACUACUGAUUCAUCUCACACCGGUAGAAAUGCUGCUCUUGCCGGAGGAGCUGGAGCUGGUGCAGCAGCUUAUGGUGCUGACAGACAUCACGGCUCAUCUACAAGCCCAACAACCCACGGCACAGGAUAUGGCAGUUCUGACACUGGAUACCCAACUAACACCUCAACUUCGCGCGCUGUAGACCCAUCUACUACUGGAAGUCACAACUACGGUCGUGAUGCUGCUUUGGCUGGUGGCGCUGCGGGUGUUGGAGGUGCUGCAUACGCUGCUGGUCGUCACCACGAUGGAACAAGUUCGACUGUCGACCCUACAUACGGAUCUCACAGUGGUACCACUGCUACCAAUCCAUAUGGCUCAACCACUCACUCUACAACCGAUCCAACUAGAAACACUACCAGUGACCAUCAUUACGGCCGCGAUGCUGCUGUUGCUGGAGGUGCCGUUGGUGCCGGUGGAGCGGCAUACGAGGCUGAUGAACAUCACAAGCAAAAGGAACUUGAGAAGGCGAUGCAGAAACACAACAUCCAUGAUGAGAAGGAAAUGAACAAGGAUUUGAAGAAACAACAUAAACAUGAUGAGAAGGAGUACGAGAAGGAGUUGAAGAAGCAACAUAAGCAUGACGAGAAACUUCAUGAGAAGGAAGAGAAGAAGCACGAGAAGGAGCACAAGGGAGGUCUCUUUGGUCUGAAAUCCCACAAAAACGACAAAUACACCGACGAAGAACGCCGCGAGUACGACCGUCUCGAACGCGAAGGUCAACUCAACCCAGGCCACCAAACCGCCACAGGCGUUGGCGCCGCAGGUGUAGGUGCAGGAGCAGGAGCAUACGGCUCAGACACCAAUAAACCUCUUCCAUCUGCCCCUGAAUCCGGACACAAGGACAUCGGCGACCAUCUACAUGGUGUAGACCGUAACCGCGGCGUUGACGGCUCGUCAGGGUUCCCUGGCACUCAAGGAUAUGGUGAUCAUAAACAUCCGCAUGGACCGAAUGUGAUUACGGAUGCUGAGGGCAGGAAUCGGUUGCAUAAGGAGCCACCGAGCUCGCAUCCGGCUGCGGCUACGCAUGGUGGUAAUUUGGAUGGGAAUUCGGGGGUUGGGAAUCAGGGGGGGAAUAUGUAUUAG